GGAGGUUUAUAUAGGGGGCGAGCGCCUCUGCUCCUCGCAUUUGGGCCGGCAGCGGAUCCUGCUCUCACUGAGUAACACCAGACUUGACAAGAGUCUGAGAGCAAAGCAACCAAAAUGCCAUUCACCAGCAACAACCCACAGGUUCCCUUGCCUGACAUGAAGAUGAACAUCGAUGAUACUCCCAUGAAGGUCCCACAGGACAAUCUUGACUCCGCCUUAACAUUAUCCAUGGAUUUGGCACCAUAUGAAGAAGUACAUGAAGAAUUUGAUCCGUGGGCUCUACCAGAACUUCAAGCCUCUGGUCCUUCUUGGAAAGAGUUGAACAACAAACAGAGGGUAAAACGUGUCGUAAGUGGGAUCGUGAAGGGCUGUCUUCUCAUUGGGUUCCUCUACUUGUUCAUCUGCUCCUUGGACGUUCUGAGCUCAGCAUUCCAGCUUGUUGGAAGUAAACUCACAGGAGAUAUCUUCAGCGAUAACGAUGUUCUUGCCAAUCCCAUUGCCGGCCUGGUCAUUGGUGUGCUGGUGACAGUACUGGUGCAGAGCUCAAGUACCUCAUCUUCCAUCAUUGUCAGCAUGGUUUCAUCUGGAAUUCUGAAUGUGAAAGCUUCUAUUCCCAUCAUCAUGGGGGUCAAUGUGGGAACAUCGGUAACCAGCACCUUGGUGUCUUUGGCUCAAUCUGGAGACCGCAAUGAAUUUCGAAGGGCGUUUGGAGGUUCCGCUGUGCAUGGAAUGUUCAACUGGUUGACAGUCAUCAUUCUGCUACCUAUCGAGCUUGGAACAGGAUACCUCUUUUACGUCUCUGAUGCUAUUAUAAAGAGUUUUAACAUCCAUGCAGGAGGAGACGCACCGGAUAUUCUUAAAGUCAUCACCCGGCCUUUAACUGAUCUCAUCGUCAAGCUGGACAGCUCCGUUAUCGCCGGAAACGCUAUUGGAAAUGAAGAAUUUGCAAACAAAAGCCUGAUCAAGAGAUGGUGCGUCACCACCGAAACAAAUGUAACAGAAUACAUAGCAGCCACAAAUCUGACUAACUGCAGCGCUGUCACCUGUUUCACCAAUGCAAGUGGAACGUUCAUAGAAAAUACCGUCACAAAUAAAGAGAAUGUGGAGAGAUGUACCCAUAUUUUUGCCUAUGCCAACCUCCCAGACAUAGCGGUGGGCUUCAUCCUCCUGACCGCCUCUCUGCUGGUUCUCUGCACAUGUCUCAUUCUUAUCGUCAAGCUUCUCAACUCCGUCCUGAAGGGCCAGAUCGCUCAUAUCAUCAAGAAGAUCAUUAAUGCAGACUUUCCAUUCCCAUUCAGUUGGCUCUCCGGAUAUUUGGCGAUUAUUGUUGGCGCUAUAAUGACGUUCGUGGUCCAGAGCAGUUCUGUCUUCACUGCAGCUAUUGUGCCUUUAAUGGGUGUUGGGGUCAUAAGCAUGAACAGGGCAUACCCCUUGUUCCUCGGAUCUAAUAUCGGAACUACCACCACGGCGGUGUUGGCAGCCUUGGCCAGUCCUGCAGAGUCCCUGAGUGAAUCAGUACAGGUGGCUUUCAUCCACUUGUUCUUCAACCUCAGCGGCAUCGUUCUCUGGUAUGUUGUUCCUUAUUUUCGUCUUCCCAUCCACGUGGCCAAGAAAUUUGGAAAUAUCACAGCCAAGUACCGCUGGUUUGCCGUCUUGUACCUGCUCCUCACCUUCCUAAUCAUACCUUUGGCCAUAUUUGGCCUGUCCAUGGCUGGAUGGAUUGUCCUAGCCGCCGUGGGUGGUCCUCUCCUCUUUUUGUUCAUUGUCGUCAUCAUCAUUACUGUCCUUCAGAAGAGGUUCCCUAAAGUCCUUCCAUCUUUCUUGAGAAACUGGGACUUCCUUCCCCUCUGGUUACACUCCAUGGCUCCUUGGGACAGGCUUAUCUUCAAAAUGUGCGGCUGCUGUUGUAAGAAAUGCUCCCAGCACACGGACAACAAAGACGAAAAACCAAAAGAUCUCUUGCCCGUGGAUAUCCCAUCCCUUGAGACUCACUGCUACGAAAAUCCGGAAUUUGUUCAAUCGCAAGAUCUAUGACCACUCUUUCCCUACCACGGACUAACCAGAACCUCUGGACUAAAAAAUCCCACUCUCAUUAAGACUCUCCCAAAUUAUUUAUGGCAAAUAAAAAUAUUUUUUUUUGUAUUUUACUAAAAUUCUUGCUUUUUUGUACGUAGCUCUGCUCCAGAGGACGAAGCGGUGAGUUGACAUUGGCAUCUGGAUCACGUGACCAUGUUAUACAGGCCCAAGCCCUAGUACUUGAUAUUUAGCAGCUUCUCAUCGUAAAAUUCAAAAAGUAAGGUUAAUAUAUUAAUCUUUGCAGGGGUGAGGUUAAAGCCUUAGCUCCAAUCUCAGCAGCUAGUAGGAGGUCAUAGACAA